GCCCACUUGUUCAUGGCUUGCCCGGCACGGACUGUGACCGAGAAGGUGACCCGACUCACAGGAAGCGAUUAUGGGCUCUUUAAGUAGUAAACUCCUAGGCCAAGAAUCGAAGCCGACUGCCUCUUGUGAAUGUAGAAAGCGAAAGAGGAGCCUAGAGUGUCAGUGUGACAGUGACAGCGACAGUGAAGAGGAGAUAGAGGAUCUACUGAACACACCGCGCAGAAAGAAGCUGAAAAGUACAUCAAAAUAUAUUUACCAGACUCUCUUCUUGAAUGGCGAGAACAGCGAUAUUAAGAUAUGCGCACUUGGGAAAGAAUGGAACCUGCACAAAAUCUACCUCUGUCAGUCUGGAUACUUCUCCAGUAUGUUCUGUGGCUCCUGGAAAGAGUCCAGCAUGAAUGUGAUAGAACUGGAGAUUCCUGAUCACAAUAUCGAUGCAGAAGCUCUGCAGGUGGCAUUCGGCUCUCUAUACAGAGAUGAUGUCUUACUAAAACCCAGCCGCGUCAUAGCCAUUUUAGCAGCCGCCUGCAUGCUCCAGCUGGACGGUUUAAUUCAGCAGUGUGGUGAAACUAUGAAGGAAACAAUCAGCGUGCAAACCGUGUGUAGCUAUUCCACAGCGGCGGGUGUGUACGGGUUAGACUCUGUGAAGAAAAAGUGCCUUGAAUGGCUUCUGAACAACCUAAUGACUCAUCAAAGUAUUGACCUGUUCAAAGAGCUCAGCACCAAUAUGAUGAAGCAGCUGAUCUCUUCUCCUGACCUUCUUGUGAUGCAGGUUGAAAUGGAUGUAUACACUGCUUUAAAAAAGUGGAUGUUCCUGCAAUUAGUGCCUUCCUGGAAUGGAUCCCUAAAACAGCUACUGACUGAAGCAGAUACAUGGUUCUCCAAGCGCAGGAAAGAGUUGGAAGAAGGUAACAUUACAUUCCUUGAAACUGAGCAGGGCUGCCCAUUUGUGCCAGUCUUCAGGUACUUGCGAAUGCAGUACAUCAUCAGUGACCUGGCAUCGGCAAAGAUUAUUGAACGGGAUGCUUUGAUUCCUUCAGAGUGGCUGUCCUCUGUAUACAAGCAGCAGUGGUUUACUAUGCUCCGUGCUGAGCAGGAUAAUGACACCGGCCCUCAAGAGAUCAAUAAAGAUGAACUGGAGAGCAACAGCAUGCGAUGUGGCAGGAGACUUGCGAAGGAUGGAGAUUACUGUUGGCGAUGGACUGGAUUUAACUUUGGUUUUGACCUCUUGGUCACUUACACAAACCGCUAUAUCAUAUUUAAAAGGAACACUCUGAAUCAGCCAUGCAGUGGCUCCGUCAGUCUACAGCCACAAAGGAACAUUGCAUACAGGUUGCGCUUGUUGUCAUUCGAUAACAACGGUAAACUCAUCUGCAAUAGAACAAGUGGAUAUCAGAUCCUCAGCCUUGAGAAAGAUCAGGAACAAGUGGUUUUGAACCUGGACAGUCGCCUACUCAUAUACCCACUCUACAUCUGCUGCAACUUCUUGUACACAUCUCCCGAGAAACGAACAGAAUCAGAAGGUCAGCUGGAAAACACAGACGGCUAAGAAGACCGAUGCAAACAAAGAUCUCAAUAUGUAAUCAUUAGAGCAUUUUAUUUUUUUUGCUGUCAGGUUUAUUUUGCUGAACCGUUUGUGCUCUACUGUCAGUAUGUGACUUAUGCUGUGGGGUUCUGCAGCUUGUAAAGCCUUUCUUUCUGUGAGAUGUAAAGAAUUUUACCUGUAACACACCAGGGAUCAAUGGAUUCUAGGGCAAAGGACAAA